CUCAUACCCUCCAAUAGCUUAGCUUUUCCUUCAGCCUGUUCGUUAGGUCAACAGUCAUCUCAGUUGCUUCGACAUUUCUGGUCUUAGCUAUCAACUAGUCUACAUGGAAGGUCAGGGUAACCACGGUCCGGAUGAGAAGCCGAAGAGCGAGGGACAGCACAUAAAUCUUAAAGUCAAGAGCCAGGAUGGACAAGAGGUAUUCUUCAAGAUCAGGUCCACCUCCACCUUUAAGAAGUUGAUGCAGACAUAUUGUGAUCGUCAAUCCAUUGACAUGAACGCCAUCGCCUUUCUUUUCGACGGCAGACGGUUACGACCUGAUCAAAGUCCUUCCGAUCUGGAAAUGGAGGAUGGCGACGAGAUUGAUGCUAUGCUUCACCAGACGGGUGGUCGAUAGCAAGUGUGUGAUGCAUACAGGAGGGCAAGUCCGUUAGAUUUUUACGUGAUGGCUGCCUACAAACGCAUGUUGCAGAAGCUUCCCUUGCCUAGACAGAUAUGCCAUUGCUCCUCAAAAGCCUAGACCUGGGUUUUCAGACCCUGCAAGCUCAGUUCCUUGAGGGUACGCCAGCCUUCAUUCUUUUUUAGUUUGCCAUUUAGCAUCUCCCUUCCUCACUCCCUCUAGUAUCAAUCCUAACCCCCUUUCGAGCUCAAAAUUAGAAGCGCUGAGCUGACUCUAGCCGCCAGUUCCUGACUUCUAAUGUGGUGGUCUACGUGUGGUCAGCGUUGCCAUGCAGGCGUUAUUCCACUUAAAAAUAGUGAGUGAAUCCAAUAUUACAUUGUCCA